GCUAGCGUCUUAGGGUUGGGAUAACCCUAACCUUUUCCACCCAACAUGAACUCCUGCUGCACCUUGACGACCCUCCACAGAUAAUGAUCUUUCGAUGCUCACUCGACGCGCCGUGACGGGCUUGAGGCUCUGCAGAGAUCUCCGGGUCGCGAGACGCAGUUGUCGCAACAGAUAUGGCUCCUUCCAGAGGCGGACGCUGAGCUCUGCAGCUCCAACACCACCACCAGCUCAGCCUGCUUCUGCCCUUUCUCCUCUCGCCAGCAUCACCUCGGAAUUGGAUAAGCUAUGCCCUCGCUUCGAUGUUUCCGCCGACUCCAUCGAGAUUCUUCAGUCUCCGAGUGACUUUUAUAGUGUCUUGAAGAACAAGAUAUUGCGAGCUCAGACGCGAAUCUAUCUGUCCACUCUAUACGUCGGCAAGACCGAAUACAAAUUGAUUGAAGCAAUCCGAGUGGCGCUGAAGACGAAUCCCGACUUGAAGGUCUCCAUCCUCACCGAUGCGCUUCGCGGAACGCGCGAGGCUCCCAACCCAUCAUGCGCGAGCUUGUUGGCCUCGCUCGUGCAGACCUUUGGACCGGAUCGGGUGGAGGUGCGCAUGUUCCACACGCCCAACCUCACGGGCAUUCGAAAACGCCUCUUGCCCAAGCGCAUCAACGAGGGAUGGGGCCUUCAACAUAUGAAGCUGUACGCCGUCGAUGAUGAGAUCAUCAUGUCUGGCGCAAACCUGUCCGACGACUACUUCACCAACAGACAAGACCGAUACCAUAUCAUCAAGUCGGCGGAGGUCACCGACUACUUCCAUCGGAUCCAUCGUGCGGUGUGCAAGCUGAGUUACCGCGUCAACUCGUCCGCCACCGAGCCGAGCGGCUUUACACUCGACUGGCCAGAGAAUAACACACACCCGGAGCCUCUGAAAGAUCCCAAGGGCUACAUCGCCUCCGCCACGAAGGUGCUCGCGCCUCUACUGGCACCCCGCCCCGACGCAGCAGCGGUGUCCGAAAAGGUCACCGACACGCAAAUCUAUCCGCUCUCGCAAAUGACACCGCUCCUCAAUCCAGACACCUCCACCGAGCUCCCAGCCCUCCUCAACAUCCUGCAGAAGCUCGGGCAACCCGCCUUUGCAGGAUGCAAAUGGACGUUCACGGCGGGAUAUUUCAACAUGACGCCAGAGGUGCGGCGUCUCCUGCUCCAAUCCAACCCCGCCUCAGCCACCGUGGUUGCAGCUUCACCAUGGGCAAACGGCUUCUAUGGCAGCAAAGGGGUAAGCGGUCUCCUUCCCGCCGCUUACACAUACCUCUCUCGCCGCUUCCUGGACUCCGUAUACCGCUCUGGUCUAGACGACCGCAUCUCCGUGCAGGAAUGGCGCAAAGGGACCGUCAACACGCCUGGCGGAUGGACGUACCAUGCCAAGGGCAUUUGGGUGACCCUUCCCGGCGACCAGCAUCCCAGCAUUAGCGUCGUUGGAAGCUCCAAUUACACAAAGAGGAGCUACUCGCUGGAUCUCGAAGCGAACACGCUGAUUGUGACGAAGAACGAGGACCUGAAGCGAAGGCUGGGCGAGGAAGAGAAGUGGCUGCAGGAAUAUGCUACGCCCAUGACCCCAGAUGACUAUGCAAAGGCGGAAAGGAGGGUGGGAUUGCAUGUGAGAGUAGCCAUGUGGAUCGUAUCGUUGGUCGGCGGCGCUUUAUGAAGCCCGCAACACUGCUCCUAUGUACGAUACUGAUACGCACUGAGGAGCUCCUUACUCCCCAUGAUCUCCGAAACCGUCCUGUUAUUCACGCUCUCAUGAUCCCAGCUCUGUCGAACUGCCUCCUACGUUAUCUCCUUUCCCAAACCCCAUCACCACUCAAUGCACACCCGGCAACCCCCCAUAAACAAACUCUCCCCUCCCCUCCUUCUCCCCCUCUCCCAGUCCAUUCCCC